AUGCGGCGGCUGCUGGCCGGCCUGCUGCUGGCCGGCCUGCUGCUGGCGCUGCUCCCCGCCGGGUCCUCCGCGCCCGCCCAGCCCCUCGCAGCGGCCACCUGGCGCGCCCGGGCCGGGGGUCGUCCCCCGCCGAGCCCCGCGGAGGGGGCCGGGGCGGCGGGCCCGCCCCGGGAGCCGUGCGGUCGGACGGCGGCUGGGGUUAUUGAAGAUAAUCUGUUUCUUCAAAAAGAGAUGGGAUGUCUGGGCAUGACAGCAAUGCCCUUGCCUCUGGUCAUUGAAGCAAGCGAAGCCCCUCACCGGCUCUUGACUUCUGCAGCCUCGGACGAUCAGUGGAGCCAUUCGCUGUUUGCUUUGAUACCCUCAUGGACAAAGAAGAUUUUGUUCAAACGAGAGUCUUCUAUUAACCACCAGCUGCCUGAAGAUGUGUCCAAUAUAUCAGUGUCUUCUGGAUUUGGAAUAACCCUUCAGAAAUGUGGUGUGGUGGAUGUUGAACAUGACCCUCAAACUGCAUACAUUACACUUCUGAUUAAUAACACCAACACGCUGCUCUCAGCAAACAUUACAGAUCUUAUCCUCCUGGACAAUAUCACUGGUCUACAUGUUCGAAAGAACAACGUUAAUAAGACCACAGAUGGCAUACAGAUUUACAGGAAAAGAUUCUUGCAAGGUGGAGAACACUUUGCAAUCAACUACUCUGCACUUCUUGAUGCAAAAGAAAUGUGGGAUGGCAGGGUCUUGACACUGCCUGCAAAGCUAACUUUCAGGAGUUCAUCACAGAAUAAAACACAUCUCGUAUCAUUGACAGCAUCGUUCACCAUAACUGAAGAAGAAAAGACCAAGAUUUCGUACAGCCAUGCCAUCCAUGCUUCAGGGUUCUUCAUUGCUUUUUUUGUUUCUCUUGUAUUGACAUGUGCUGUUUUUUUCAUUGUUUACCGAACCCAAAUAUUAAAAUGGAGUUUCCUUAGUAAAAAACAGGAGAUACGGCAUGAAGUCAGCCAAAAUCACAAGCUGGAGCAUUCUCAGUUUAAUUCAGGUGAUUUCUUUAGUGAAGAUAUAAUUAUGAACGACCAAAUCAUCGAUAUUCUGUCCUUUGAAGAAUCUGGAAACAUGCUUCAGGCUUUAGAAGAGUCUGUGGAGGACAUCAGAUGCUCAGGCACACUCUCUGCUUCUAUGUGUUUGGUGUCAGGGAUUCUCCUCUCCCAGAUCUUCUCUGACAGAUCUUUAAAUCCUCUUCCUCUUCAAAUGUGCUGUCAGGAAAAUGGAGGCUUGGAGGUUGCCAGCCUGACGCGGGCAGAUGCUGAUCUGGAGGCAUAUCGAACGCAGAUAUCUAAAGAAGUGAUUGCUAUGAUGAUGAAGAACAUGGUCUUAAGUCACAGCCUCUUUCCUCAUGUGGAGAAGAGGAUGAGUUCAAUUUUCAAAAAGCAGUUUCUUGCAAUGGAGAAGGAGAUUCAAGAAGAGUAUGAAAGGAAGAUGGUGGCUUUAACAGCUGAGUGUAAUCUGGAAACUAGGAAGAAAAUGGAGGCUCAAUGCCAAAAAGCAAGAGCUGCAAAUGAAGAGGCUGAGGAACUAAUGAAGAAAAUGAAUGAAAAGCCUGCUGUAGAAUACAAAAGUCUUCUGGAUAGACUUCACAGGCUGGAGCAGGACCGCCUGAAGAGGUUCCUUCUGGUAAAGCAGGAGGAGUAUUUUGCAAAGGCUUAUAGACAGCUUGCUGUUACCCAGAGAAAGGAGCUCCAUAAUAUCUUUUUUACACAGAUAACAAAUACUACUUUCAAGGGAGAACUGAAGUUGGAAGCAGCUAAAACAUUAGUGGAAGGUUACUCUAAAAUACAGGGAGACAUUGAAGAGCUAAUGGAUUUUUUGCAAGCUAGCAAGAAAUAUCAUCUGAAUAGAAGAUUUGCUUACAGAGAGUAUCUUAUAAGUAAGACACAGUUAAGGGAUUCUCAAGCCUGUGCUCUUAUAAAUGCAGCAGCAGCCCAGGUAUCAAGUCUCAUUAAUAAGAUGGAAAGAGCAGGUCAUUUACCUGAAAGUCAUUUGGGAGUGCUUCUGGACCGAGCUGAGGCUGAAAUUAAUUCUGUUAAACAGAAAUUCGAUCAUGAUUUAAAACAAGAAAAGCAAAAGCUUCACCAGAAACUCAUUACCAAGCGAAGGCGGGAAAUGCUACAAAAGCAGAAAGAGCAUCGGAAGGAGCAGCUGUCACUUGGAGACCCCUUCAAAACUACUAAGGAGGUCACUCACUACCUGAGCCACUGGAAAAAUCUUCUGAGUGAUCACACCAUUGAAUUUGAAGAACUUACUGAAAAGCUUGACAAUGAGGCCAGUGAAGAGCUGAAAGAGCUUCUAUUUAGUCUAACAGAGAAAACUGUUGAAGAGCUUAAACGUGUUCAGUAUGGAGUAUUUGUGCAAGAACUGGUGAAGCUCAGUGUGCCAAAGAUGUUCCUACUGGAAGCUGUGGAGGAGCAUAAAAAAGAGAUGGUUGUUAAACAUGAACAGCUUGAAAGGGAAGAGCGUGACAAGAGCACAGCCGCUGAAGAGCUGCUUCAGCUCACCAGGCAGAAGCUGAGCCAAGAACUGGAAACAAGCCUUUCGGAACAAAAAAAAUUAAGGAGCUGGGAACAAUCAGUACUCAUGCACCUUCUAAGUUUACCCCUCUCACUAUCAGAAGAGGAAUUGCUUAGAAUGAGGCAAGAGCUGCACUGCUGCUUCUCUCAGGUGGACAGCAGCUUGGCUUGGCCCAAGAUAAGAGCAAGAACCUUGCUUCAGGCUUUUGAGGUGGAGUGGAGGGACACAGAACUGCUGAAAGUGGAUCAGAAUUUAGCAAUGACCGAUAAACAGCAGCAUUCUAAAACGAAACCAACAGGAUCCAGAAAUAGAAAUAAGAUAGGUAUUCUGAAGAAAUCUUUACAGGACAAAAUUUUCAUUUAUGAAGACUCGGUGAAAGAUGAAAAUUUGAAUAAGGUUAAGUAUGAGUUGCUGCUUGAGAAAGAGUGUCAGCUGCGUGAUCUGGAAAAUAAACUUGGAGAGUAUAUUGCUUCUUUAGCCUUUCAGAAGACUGUUAAAAAAUCCAAAACGUUGGAACUGUAUACUGCUAUCAUAAGCAUUCAAGCUUUGCUCUUUGAACAACUGAGCACGUCAAAAACCCUGUCAAAAUUGGAAUGUAUUCAGAUUUUAGAAGCACAUAAUCCUGAGAUUGAAGAACUUGACAGGAAGCUGGAGUACGAGAUGUUGCAUAAGGAGUCAACUCAGCAGCAGCAUCUAAUGAGUAGGCAGAGGUGGACUCUGGAUGGAUUGGGACUUUCAAGUGAAUCUGUGGAAACGAAUGCAGACAGACAGGUGACAGUUCUGCUAAGACAGGCCAUGAAUAAAUGUAGGCAACUUAUAAAUCUGCACCAGCAAAGCUUGAGAGAUGAGCAAUGGAAUUGCGCGGUGCUUGAAGAUCUCCUGGAAAAUAUAGAAAUGGAUGCAUUUUUGGCACUUUAUAGUCAGGAGCUCCGACUGGCAGGUUAUUUAGCUAAACUGACAAGGGUACCAAUGGGGAUGUUGCACAGGAUCCUGAACUUGUUGCUGCCCUCCAGCUCACAAAGUGAGGUUCUUUCUGUCCUCAAUUCCAUCAGUAAAUAUUCAGAUGGUGUUGCUGAAGGUGACAGUAAUGCAGAUGAGUCUGGCAGCUGUAAGAAAAAGAAGAACCAAGAGUUGUGGCAAGCACUGGAGAGCAAAGUAAGGGAAGAUCUGAUAAACAGAAGUUUGGAAAAGAUGCCUUCUCUAAACAAGAGAAAAGACAGCUUGAUAAAGAAGAAGCAACUUGCCCUCUUGGAAAAAGCAUCAUUCAUCCAUCUUGGAUGUUCGCCUACACAUCCUCCUAUGGAACAGUCUGAUCUACCUGUUCCUUUGAACACUGCAACUGCUGAAGCCAUAGAGCUGUUAGACACAGGGGAGAAGGUAUUUUUGUUCCGUGAGCCGAGUGAUCCAAUAGUUUCUUUGCAUAAUUCUCCAAGGAAAAAGAAAAAGAACUUUCUUAAUUCCAAAAAGGCUGCUCGUGCAAAUACGGACUCAUGAGGGCAACUUCCAUUCAAAGUAUCAAUUAGGGAAGAGGAAGUUUUUUAAAAUUCAGUAAAAUAAUGAGAAAGAAUGAAGUGUGCAGUUUAAAUAACAUGCGCAUAGCUUUAAUCUCAUUUGUCUGACAUUGUAAAUAGCUGUAAUUUCAGAAUGGCGCAGUUAGCAAUGUACAUUGUGCAUUUUUUAAUUCUUGUCAGCAUAUGAUGCAGUAGCUGAAAUAUGGGUGUUUUAUGAUGCACAUUCUGGCAGGCAGGAUUCAGUGUUCCUUCAGUACAUUUUGAUCAUUUUUGCACUGAUGUUACUGUAGCUGUAUUUUCAUAAUUUAUACAGAAAGGUUAUUUAUUAUAUAAAGUAAGUACUGAUUUACAAUUCUUGUAUUUAUAUAUUCUUGUAAUAAGCUGCAGUAUAGCAGAUGACAUGAAGAGGUGAAGUGGACGACCCAUAAGUCCUCCGUUCUCUGAUUUUCUGUUACUCUAGCUAAUUUACUGUUUAAUGUCAUGUUCUUAAUAGGCUUUGAAUGUUACUUCUGCAGUCUGUGUUCUGCAGUGAUAGCUGGUAGUCCAGAUCUUCAGCAUAUACAUAAGUACUUAGCCUUACAUCCUGGAGUAACUUCAGCUUUUUGCUAUUGAUUCUAAACUUACUUCAGCUGAACUAUGAAUGAGGCUACAGUUCAAAACUGUGCUAAAUAUUUGCGACCUGUUGCAAUCAUUUUUUUGGUGAAUGAAUAUCAUCCCAGUUGCUCAGUAGAAAAGGGAAAAAUGUAAAUGGGCAUGUAAUACCUUCAGAAGUUUUUUUGAUUGCAGCGCUGCCAACUGUCACAAUUUUAGGUUGGUAUUUUUGAAGUUCUUAUUCCUGGAUUUCUCUAAAUUGAUGAGAAUAUCAUUUUACAUUUGAAAGAGUUAAUUUUUAAACCUUUCUAGUUGACAGAAAGAAGCCUGUAAAUAUGAACCCUAAAAACAGGAACAGGAAAAGGCUAAUUAAAAGAAACACAUAUAUUUGUUAAUAUUUCAUGGUAUUCAAGCCUGUUUUGAGGGGUUUUGAACUGUGUUUGAACGCUAUGCUCUGAGGGUACUGUGAACAUAUAUUUUGCAAUUUUUCAUGUAUGGAGUUUCUGUGUCUUUGUAUUAAUAGGGUGCCAAUUUCAUUUUAAAAAUUAAAAUGUUACAAUGUA